AUGUCUGCUGUAGGAUUUCAAAAUCAUGUGGAUAUUAAUCUCAUUAUUCACAGAGAUAGCGAAGAUAUCAAGAUUGGUUUCCCAUUCGACACCGUUAACGAUGAUAUUGGCCAAAUUGUGGCCGAAUUAAAACAAACACUUGGAUUAUCAAGUGAUGAAGAAGUUGAUGUUAGAAACUCAAUUAGGAAUCAAAUCAACGAAGCUCUCAGGCAAUCGUUAACAGACUUCAGGCAACAAAUUCAGCCUAAAGAAGAAGAAUAUUCAGAUGGACUCGACGACGAAGUCUUCAGUGACCCAGAAUACAAAGCAUUGCUCGAGAGGCAAAAGGCUGAGAUCGCCGCAAUGGAAGAGAUGCAUCUCAAGCAACAGAGAGAAUUAAUGAACGCUCAAACAUCCCCUUCAAAUGUUCCGAAGGUCGUUGAUGAUUUAAUUGUUUUUAGCUGA